AUGGCGGACAAAGGCGUACAGAAAUGCAGUUUGGUGGAAGUAAACCGUGUAGUUGAAAUCUCGUUAGAAAACUAUCUAUCUCAGGAAGGACUUUGUCAACAGAGGAUGCACUGUUACAAGUUCCAUAAAAAUCUCCGACGUACCUUAAUUUUUUUUCUUUUAGAAAUAAAAACAGAUCGCUUCGAUAAUUUUUACAUUGAUGUUUCUAACAACACCAUCGAAAGAUUGAGAUGUUAUACGGAUAAUAUACCAGGCGUACCGGCAGAGAUUGAUACUAUAACGUGCCCACAUAUUGCCCAGUAUGUAAUCGUGGAAACUACUCAUUCCUCACAUGGCGGUGUUUACUUAGAGAUAGCUGAAAUUCAAGUCUUCGGAUGCACCAUUCAGACGAACAACUACCCAUGUCCUACUGAAUGUAUUGGUGACCUCAGCUGUGGCCAGACAUGCAGUCAAAAUUGCGAGGGAGAUUGUAAUCGAAUGACUGGUGAAUGUAUAAAUGGUUGCAAGGAAGGUUGGAGGGGAAUCCAAUGUGACAGUAAGCACUGUCUUAAUUGA